AUGAAGAACCGUUGCACUGCCACAGCAGACACAGUCUGUGUCCCCUGCCAGGAUGAGUAUUUCAGCACAGAGCAUCACCAUGGCUUCUGCAACAGCUGUACAGUCUGCAACACCAGGAAGGGCAGUGUGGAGGUGAAGAAGUGUGAGAGGACCUCGAACAGAGUGUGCAUGUGCCGUGCAGGGUUCAUGCCAGCUGGGAUGCCCCUGGGAAGUGUCUGCUCCCCCUGUCCUGAAGGGACUUUCUCCAGAGGAAGAAAUGAAAACUGUCAGCCUUGGACCAACUGCAGCAGCCUUGGGAAAAAUACCCUUCAAGCAGGGACAAAAACAGAGGAUGCAGUUUGCAACAACCACAUCACACAAGCUCCUGCGCCUGAGAGUGCAACACCUGCCCUGAAUAUCUCCAGCACCAAGCACAAGAAUAACAGGUCAACUGCAGUGGUAUCUCCAUCCACACCUGGUGAGGUUCCUUCCAUUUGCCCGGACACCAACAGCCCCACAGGCACUAACUGGGGGUCUCUGUCACUUCUCUUUAUUUGCCUGAUCUUACUUAUGGUGAGUGGCAUGUCCAUCCUCCUGCUGAUCAUCCAGGCAGCCAGGAAAGACACCAAGAGGAGACCUUGUCGAGGCAACCAGCAGAAAAGGACCUGUCGAGUUCCCAUCCAGGAAGAACACAUUGACUCCAAUUCCAGUCUCAUCAAAAACUGA